AUGGCAGCAGUGGCCCAGGCCCCGCGGUCGCGGUUUCGAGAGAUGGCGCAUGGGAAUCGGAGCCCAACCCCUAGUGUCACUUCGCUUUUCUCCGGCACAUCGUCACUGACACGGACGGAGACUCGAAGGGAUCAGAGGGAGCAGGACCUCGACCACAUCAUGGCCGAGUUCCUCCAGGAGUACCCGCACUUGGCCAGUUCCGCAACCAUGGAGACUUCGGGAAUCUGGUUCUUGGGUGGCCGUCGAGUGCAUCGGAUCCGAACGGAGUCGCCUUGGAAGCGCGUGCUCGUCGACAACAUUCGCCGGCCGCUCGGGGACCUCCUCGAGGAAGUGUUGAAGGAGCACCAGCUAGAGAUGCAAAUGGAGGCUCAGGCUCAGAGGAGUCGCCGGCUGCUGCAGUCCCACUUCCAGCGCAAGGAGCGCAACGAGAAUUUGCGGCUGCUGCAAGCCGGCCUCCAAGCUUUCGAGGGGGCAGCCUCCCGUUCGCGCGCUGCAGCUGACAUGGCUGGCUUGACAGAAUUGCCUAAAGCACCGGGGAAGGGUCAGAGAGAGGCCAUUCGCAGCGGUCCGGCCGAAGGAAAGAGCCUCUCUCCCUCCGAUGUUCAAGCCGGGAUGUGGCGAGCCAUGUGGGGGCGGCUGUGCGUUCUUCUGGCCGUGGCGGUGACAGCUGCGCAAGGUACCGAGCUCGGGCCGAAUUGGGCCGGGGUGAACUCCUUCUUCGCGCAUGCACUGCCAAGUUCAGGUCCUUACAGCCGCACAGCCUACCUUGACAAGAUCAGGGACGCCGGGCUUCGUGUUCUGCGCAUCUUCAUCAGUGCAACGGAGGCGAACUACAAAUACAGCGGCUCCCAGGCCGUGGAUGACAUCGAGACCAAGAAGGUGGGCUCCUACGACGACCGCAUCCUCUCCUUAGUGGACGACCUCAUGCUCGAGGCCUACGAGCGUGGCAUCAAGCUGGACAUCGCACUGCACGACCGCUACUCGCUGGGCUGCUGGCGGACGGAUGCCUAUGUCACAACUUAUGACCUGCCGAGUGGCUGCUGCAACUGCACCGUGAGCAAGAAUCAAGUGGAUCGUUUCUACACGGAGCCUGAGAUCCAGGUUGCCUUCGAUGCGCGCUUGCAGCACAUCUUGCAGCACAGGAACCCGCACUUCAACGCGCCCUGGGGUCAGCUGCACCAGGUUGUUGCGUCUUUCGCCCCUGAGAACGAAGCUCAAGGCCAUGACGAGCUCGUGGACAAAGGUUGGUGGUGCCGCCGAGCGCAGGUCAUGAAGGACUACAUGCACCCAGACAUACCGAUCUCGACGGGUGGUUCAAUCGGGCUUCUGGAUGCUUUGUAUCAGCAGCUCUACAUGUGUCCGGAGAUCGAUGUCGUGGACAUCCAUACCUACACCGACGAUGACGAGUGGCUUCGAGGGGUGGCACAGGUCUCGGUCACUUGGGCAGUGACGCAAAAGAAGCGGGUGCGACUUCAGGAGUUCGGUGCGCAGGGGAACGAUGCAAGCAAGGCCAAGACCCUAUUCCCUCUGAUCUAUGCCGCAAGCGAGAUCGGGAUUCCCUUCAUGCCUUGGCAGCUAGUGCAUCCAGAGAGCACCACGGACUACGAAUUCUGGACAGACGGAGAGGUGUGGCGUGGGCUUUCGGCCCUGAGCCAGGCUGCGCAGGACAACGUCACAGUCUUUUCGUGGCCGGAGCUGAACCUCUCAAAUAGCAGCAUGCAGCUGAAGGCUGACUGGCGGCUCUGUGUUGUAAACGCCGAAUGCACUUCCGGCUGCUGCAGCAAGGAGUUGAGCGACGACAGGAAGUACAAGUGUACGCCUGGAGGUAGCCAGUGCACAGGCAACCGGCUUGCCGACUGGGUCUGGUGCACUCAGAGCAGCGAGUGCGCCAGCGGUUGCUGCAGCUCGGAGCUCAGCGACGAUGGCCGGUACAAGUGCACACCAGGCGGUACACCAAGGCUCUGUGGCGAGGCACUUGCGCGGGAUGGACAGCCGUGCUAUGAAAAUGGCAACUGCGCCAGUGGCUGCUGCUCCAGUGGAAGGUGUAUCUCUCGCGCUCCCCCGUUUCAAUGCGACAGACUGCGUUGGUGGCCCAAUUGGAGGUGGCGCCGCCUCCGCCGCCACCUGCGCCGCCACCUCCGUCGCGGCCACCGCCCUCGCCAUCGGCAUCCUCACACUGCCUAUCAGGCCUAUCAGCUGGAAGAUCCGAUGCUGCUACUCCAGCUGGGCAGGCAGGCUACUGGUAGCUUCGAUGUUUCAUCCUCGUGGCCAGAGCAGAAGUCCAUGCCAGCCGCGUGGUGCAGUGCAAGCAACGAAUGUUGA